GCUUUGGUUUUACGCGCGCCUUUAAAGUCUGGUGUGACCUGGUUAAUGUGUAUCUUACCUGCAAGGAAAUUCCCUUACUAGUUCGUUGUGAUUUAUUGGUUAACUAGAUUUUCGCUGCAGUAAUUAGGGAGCUUGCGUUAUUUCAUUGAAAAUUAAGCUGAACUACUACACUCGAGCAUCCCUAUGGCUUUGGAUAACAACGUUCCACUAUUGUUGACACAAUCAUUUCUUGAUCUUCGUGACGAGUGCUAUUCCCUCAUGGACAAAAGAUUUACGAAUAACAAUCGUAUACCAAAAAACACGACAAUAUACGCCUACGCCAAACUAUUCGCACAAUUCUGCUUAUUAUCUGAAGAAUUGGAGAGGUGGCUUAAGAGAGUUUGUAAAAUGGCUUUCAAAGGACGUUUGGCCUAUGGUAGUCGUUCAGAAUCUUAUAUGAAUCAGAAUUACCUUGGAUGUAUUAACAAUCGAGACGUUGACCUUAAUCGUUUACGUUCCCUGGCCAACCAGCUUUUGGUUAUGUCCGGAAAGACCUCUGAUUCCGCAACUGAAUCAGUGGAAGAUUUUCUUGAGGUCAAUAUUUCCAGUAGACUUCAAGAAAUCGAAACCAUAUGGAGUGAUAUUACAAGUCUCGUUCAACCGAUGAGCUUAUUUCACGACCCAUCACGUACAAUAAAAGAUGUUGAACUGGACGUUCAAGAAACUGAGGCUAAGCUUCGCUCAAUCAGUAGAAGAACUUUUGACCUACAGACCGUACUAACGAAGUCGAUCAGAGGAACAUGUGACCUGAAUUCAGAUAUAAGUGUACUCGAGGCGGAGCAUAUCUCUCUCAAAAGAUCCAUGCAAACGCUGUCCGCCGCUAGCUGUUUACUUUCACAGCUCUAUAUGUUUAGUAUCGAAAAUAAUCUGCUUUCAUAUGGAGGGGAAACUUUUGAUUUGCUUAUCUGCAAACUUACUGAGAAUAUCGACAAGUUAACUUACAGAGGCUGGUCUCUUUGGUGUAUGCACCUGGAGUUACUUGAACGCUGGAAGUAUUUAUCUAAAGGUCGAAGUUCUUUUGAAAAUCUGAAUUUUGAUGUGAACAAUCGGAUCGAUUAUUCGACUUCCAGUGUAUAUUCACUGUGUUGUUCAGAAUCAGGAUUUGCGAGUGAUGCUGACCAAUUCCUAACUUGUCAAGCAGCAGAUCAAUUAGGUUUAUCUAAUUCUAAUUUUGUUAUUUCUGAUUUAUUGACUACAAAGUCCGAAAAUAGAAAAUCCUUUUCUUCUGUAAAUGAUAAUAUUCUUUCUCAAUCCUCGGACUGUUUAUGGACUUCCAAUACAGAUUCAAAUGAUUCAGAGGCAAUCAGUGAUACACCUUCUGGUUUAUUCCAUGAAAUUUAUAAUCGUACACCAACUAAAUUGGUCAGUUCUUCUAUGGAGCCUAAUGGGAAGAGUGACGAUAAUGAUAAUGACAAGGCUAAUAAAUAUAAAUACUCUGCAAAACAGUCCAAAUGUCCGUUUGAUAUUUGUUUCGAACAAACAAAUUCCUUAGAAGAUUUUAACCGUGAUAACCUGAGCAUGCAUGUAGUAGAUCAUCAUGAUUUGGGUUCUCUUUAUUCACGUUUUCAUUCAAGUGAUUCUGGAUUGAAACGCAAAUGCUCUUCUGCAAAUCGAAUUCGGCUUACUUCUUGGAGUGGAGAAGAUAUAUUUAAGAUGCCCAUUGGUAAUUUUUCCUCAAAGGAUCAUCAACGUCUUCAAUUCAUAGCAACAUGUGGUUUUUCUUCCCCUGGCACUUUAACUAGUCCUAAACAAUACAGUUAUAGAAAGUUACGAAGAAAUUCAUUUUCGUCUUUGUUACCCCGUAUAGAUCACCAUUCAAAUCCAAAUACUGUUGAUCUACGUGAAACAGCAAAUUAUAAUUUGAAUGGCACUACCUGCUCAGAGUUAUUACCAACUACCGAAUUCAAGUCAAAUCUAUAUCGUUCCAAUUCCCAACAAUCCCCUGAUCUUUUAUCAAUAAUUAUUCCUCCGGAUAAUUCAAACGAUAAUCAUAGUAACAAUGGUAAUAAUAAUCCUGAACAUGUUGAAAUAUCAAAGAACUUUAAUCAUGUUCAUAAGGAGCAUGGUCUGGUGUAUGGUAUCCAUGUUCAUUUCGAUGAAAAACUCUCUACCAUUCAUAGAGACGAUAAUAAUGCUGAUGGACUGGAAUGGGAUGAUUUGGGUGAUUUACAAAUUGCAAAGUCUGAUUCCCCAUCACUGUUGCCAAGUAAUGAAUCAGCCGACACAUUGAAUGGAUCUAUUCUUCCCUGCUCGCCACUUACCCUUGCUGCUGAGGCUUUAGUUUCUCCUCGUUUUCAGUUAACUGAAUCCCACGUUCAGCAUCUCAGUCAAAUUGUUAACUCACAACAAAAACCUCACGCAGAGGUCUUUUCACAUCCCUCACAUCAUUCAGAAAUUUCCAUACUAAUAAACAAUUUAUCUGUCAGUCAAAAUAAUUCUUAUUCUCCAGAAUCAGUGAAAUCCUGGGAACAAGCUAUUGAGGUACAGAAGUGCGAUUCGUCUUGUGCUAAUAUUGAUUUUCUUGAAUUGCAUACACCUGCACAUCCUGAUAUAAUAAACGAAGCAUAUCGUUACAAUCGGGGCAACAAUAAUCAUACUAAAUUAGGAGCUGCUUCUGUCAUGGAUUUGCCCGAUAGUUCGUUGGUAAAGGAAGCUGAUAUUCUCCCUCUUUUAACAUCAAUACGUCGGGACGCGUUUCCACUUAUUAAACUAUUAUUACGUUUAGAAGAAAAAUCUGUGACUGGACUUUUGGAUUCGGAUUUGCAAGUUAAUGAAAAUCCAUGCUCACAAAAAUUGGAGGACGAGCGUCGACAACUGGAUAUUGAUAAAAGUUAUCUCACGCAUUAUGGUAAACGUCUUACUCAGUGGACUUAUACUAUGGAUAAGUUAUUGGAUUCUUUUCGACCUGAGGAAGCAGACUAUAAGACACAAUCACAAACUUCAUUAUCAAUCGCUUUAAAUACAUUUGGUGAUUGGUUAUUAGCUCUUAAGGCAAGACAUACUAUGGCUUUUUGGGUUGUAAAUUGGCGUUCAUCUAUGUUUGAUCAUUUGGUGGGAGAAAGCUAUGACGCGAAUGUAUCGUUGUUGGGCAUGAAACGACGUGUUCAGACAGCGAUUCAUAGAGCGCAGGCGGUAUUGAAACCACUUCUACAGUCUUAUGAUGAGUUUACGUCAUCUACUGAUAAUAUUGACCACUGCUUAAAUGAAAUACAUUCUGAUCUUGGUGUAAUUUCAACCUAUUCAUCCAACGAGUUCGUAAACACUUUAGAAGAACUACGUGAUUUAAAUGAAAAUCUAUGGACUAUCCAGUCACGUUUGGGUUCAUGUUACUUAUUCAAUGACUUCUGGAAAUUUUCCUGUAAAUCAAACAUUCUUGUACAGCAUGAUAGUCAUGAUCAUCAUGGUAAAGAAUUGGAUGUCAAUAUAUCAAAAUGCUCCAUUACCAAUUUAAUUCAUUUUUCUUGUGAGCUUCGUCAGAAAAUUCUAACUAUGAUUCGUGAUUUAGAAUCGGCAAUAAUUAACAAAUCAAAUGCAAUUAUAGUUAAAACAAAACACUUGUCAAUUUGCCAUGCAAAACAACACUUAAUUGAUUCAACUAUUCCUUUUAUUGUAGAAAAAGACAAAGAAGUGAUUGACAGUAUGAUCUCAUCAAAUGACUCGAUACAGUUGGACAACUAUUAUCUCGAUACUGCAGUUGGUCAUUUACGCUCACGUUCUUUUCACGGUUCACUGUAUUACACACUUUUCUCACAAACUUAUUCUAAUAUUUUACCACAUUUUAUAUUCAGUAUCGAUAAACGGUCAUUCGGAAGAUGCCUCUUAAUCUUUUUACUUAUUUCUAUUGUAUUUAUUCUAUUUGAAUUGUUCUUUGGUGAACGAUCCAUAAUUUCGCUAAAGUCUCUUGGUAAUGGUUGUCAUAGUGAUGGUCCGGUCGUUGAACUAAGCACAAAUCAUUUAGUGAAAUUCCUUACCUGUUUUCAACUUCCCAAUUCAAACAAUGUGAUUUGGUAAUUCCUUAUUCACACUUUUAUGAAUUUGUAUGUUUUGAUUAUGAUCAUGGUUAUAAAUGUUAAAGUCAUUUGUCUACUGGACUCUAAGUCUAAUGAGUCUGCGAUCAUAUGAACUAGAUUUCUUUCUACUUUUAUCAUGUUUGUUUGUACAUUUACCAUAUCACGAAUUUGUUUUGUACAGUUGUAGUUUUCUUUCUUAAUAUUUUCUUUCAUCCCGUAUAAUUAUUAUCUGGAUUAAAAAGCUUUUAUUUCCUGAUGAUGAUAGUAUUUUUCCCCAUAAUAUUGCAUGACGUUCCGCCCUCAAUGUAAUUUGGAGCGCUGUGACUUCGGUUGCGUUUUAACAGUCUAUUGAUAACUAACGAUGGGAUCAAGCAUUUUGAUCUUUUGGAUACUCAUCAUUUUAAUUUUUACAUAUCUCAGUAAAAAUUGGUACUUUCAUAAGUUAAACGACAUGUGUGUCUCUUUUGAGAUUUUGAAAAUUUCCUCAUAUACAUCACUUCGAUUUCAUUCGUUCUAGCAGUUGAUUGGUGUGCUGCAUGCUUGGAUUUAGCUUGGAAUAUAGAAUUUCAUGAAAGGUUUGGUAUUACUGAAAUCCGUUAUUUAUCGGAGCAUGUCAACUACGCAUUAAACGUUAAAUUAUUCUGUCAAUAUUUAAAUGAAUUAUUAUCGAUGCAUAACUUAAUUGCUUUUGUAUACUUCAGUUACGCGAUUCUUUUUCUUUUACACAAAUCGGAAGUAAGCAAUAAAUAAUUCAAGGGGUUUAAUUGAGUUGAAUAUUCUACUCAUUGUUAUACAUAUAUACUGAGCGAGUACUAAACAAAUGAAACUUAAACGACUAAGUAAUUCCUUCUCUUAUCCUUCCUAAUAAAUGUUGAUAAUUAU